UGUGUUUUUUAAUUUCAAUAAAAAUAUGAAAAAUACACACAACUGUGUGUAAUUUUAAAUUAAACUUUACUUAUUUUAUCAUGACUUCCAAAAUUGUAGUAUUAGAAAAGUGAAAAGUAUUCUGAAACAGUAUUGUUUAUAAGUAUGAAUUGGUGCAAAUGUUUAUCAUGCAUUAAUCCAGAAGUUGAAGAUGUUACUACCCUCGAUUUUAGUUGUAGCACCCUAAAAGAAGUUCCUGCUUUAGUUUUUAACUUCGAACGAACUUUGCAACAUCUCUAUCUUGAUUGUAACAAGAUUGUGGAACUACCUAGAACACUGUUUCAAUGUGAAGAAAUCCGUUAUCUAGUAUUAUGUGAUAAUGAAGUGGAAACUAUACCUCCUCUCAUAGAAAAAUUGACAAAUUUAGAAGUCUUAAUGUUAAACAGAAACUGUUUAGUUUAUGAAAGCAUACCAGCUAAUAUUCACCGCUGCCAUCGCUUAAAAGUAUUACAUUUAAGCUCGAACAAUCUAACAAAAGUGCCUAAUUCUGUAACAAGAUUAGUCUGUUUAAAGGAGUUAUACCUUAAUAAUUGUGAUAUUGAAUUUUUACCAGCGAAUUUUGGACGUUUAAACAAUUUACACAUAUUAGAAUUAAGGGAAAAUCAUCUUUCAUCGUUACCAAAGUCAUUAAAGCAAUUAUCCGACUUGCGACGGUUAGAUAUCAGCAGCAAUGUGUUUCGGCACUUUCCUGAUAUCAUCGGUACCAUGCCUAAUUUAACCGAGCUUUGGUUGAAUGAUAAUUUUAUUUGUGAAGUGCCGGAAAGUAUAGGUAAUCUUCUAAAACUGGUACAUUUUGAUAUAUCGUGUAAUAGGCUGGAAUCGCUUUCUAAUAGCAUUGGACUGUGUUCAAAUAUGACACUUUUAUUAUUGUCCAUGAAUGAUUUAAAAGAGCUUCCGAACGAUAUCGGAAAGUUAGUUACGUUACAUACACUAAAAAUAGAUCACAAUCUACUGGAAAGUUUACCCGAAAGUAUAGGAUGUUUACAUAACCUGGAAGAGUUAGAUGUGCAGUUCAAUCAUUUAAAAUCGUUUCCUCACUCCAUCGGUAUGUUGCGAAAAUUAAACUCGUUAGUUGCUGCGCAAAACUCCAUAACGUUUCUACCGCCCGAAUUGGGAAGUUGCACCUCUUUAAGCGUUUUGAGUUUACACUACAAUAAUUUAAUGUAUCUACCGGACGAAAUUGGACAUCUACAGAAUUUAACUUCCAUCAGUUUAAUUAACAACAACUUGCGUUAUCUACCAAUUACGAUAUUAAGUUUGCGAAAACUAAAGGCGCUAUGGUUAUCGCACAAUCAAAUUCAACCACUUAUCACUUUGCAAACUGAAGCACUAGAAAAUGGACAAGUAAUUUUAACAUGCGUGUUCCUUCCACAAAUUGAAGUACCUCUCGAAAUUCCAACGCCCAGCACCGUUGCAUCGACCGGUCGAAAGAUUGAGUUUGUGGAACCGGGUGCCAAAACAGAUUUGCCUGUGAAAUUCACUCGUAUCCCUACACCUCACCCGAAAGCUUUCGUGAAAUAUCAACGUACUCUUGGCAACGCUUUAAAACGAAAUUCCGAGACUAUCUCGCACAGUACCAGCACUAAUGCAGUCUAUAUUAAGGAAGCAAAUAUUAUACCCAUGAAAAAUGCCGCCAACGAAAAGACAGACAAUGAGAUACUAACUCAAAGUAGUCAAUGCAGCAUUGAUCAAAAUGUGAGCGAAACUCCCAGCACUCAACUGCGACUAGACAAUAGCAGAGAAUUAAGUGACAGUUUUAGCAAAGAUAUUUCAAUUGACAGUGAUCUCACAACGAACGUAGAAAGUACAGUUGGAAGUUCUUCGCCCACCUACAGUGGAAGCAAGAUUCUCGAUCCCUCGCAGAAUGUAAAACCAAAACAACCACCUCCGUACCACAUCGCUGCAGCGUACUCGAAAGGUGCCCACAUCUUUUUAAAUUCUUCAGAGAAAAAUUGUAAAGAAGCAGAACCAAAGCAUUUCACCCAAGAUCAACCUUUAAACAUUUUAAAUCCUCAGCCCAAACAUGCAAGGUGUCUGCAACAACCACAACACAAACCGACAUGCGUCGAUCAAAUUGACAAUGACAAUAAUGUCGAGUAUCACAUAAUUGAAAGUGUGUUAAAGGUAGCGUCCCAACUGUUGAGAAUCCGCGCCGAUACGCAUCAAUACAAGUGCAUAAUUGAGCACUUUUUGAAAAUAGUAAACGACAAUGACAGUCGAGAAUUGUUGGAAUGUAACCUAUUAGAUCUAAAGGUGCAAGUGUUACAGACAACUGAAUACUUACUUAGUCAAUAUGAUUACUUGUAUUUCCGUAAAAAUCAUAUUCUGCACGCAAUAGAACAUAUAGAAACGCGUCUUGGCAGUCAACUCUCAGAUUCCGUCGUGCAUACUUCACAAGAUAAUUCUGAAACGAACAGAAAAUUGCUGCUGAUGGAUAUUGUGGCAACUCUAUUGGAUUCAAAUUACAUAUCAUACCAACACAAACACCUGCAUAAUGAACUACAGGCGGCGCUGUACGAAUACUGUUCUCACAGUAAUUUCGAAUAUGAUUUGAAUGAUGAUGACACAUCUGUGCUGUCAAAAUUGCAUUUAAUAAAAGUAAUACUCUACCUUCUUUCAUGUAACCUUGUAGAAGAACAAUACCAACAGUUAUUCACUAUAAUCACAGCCCUUCAUAGAAAAUUGACAACACUGCAAGAUCCUCGUAUUAAUGCAGUCUCACCUUCAAGUUGUAUUAAUAGCGACAACAAAAACGCAAAUGACUCCAAGUCAUAUAUGAACUGGGUUUUUGGCGCUCAUCGUAACAGAAAAAUUAUCAAAGUGGAAUUAACGCCGUGCUGUUAUGUUUUGGGCUUUUCAGUUAGCCACACAGUCGAGGGGGUGUUCAUCGAUGACGUAGAUCAAAACGGCAAUGCGUUUCAAAAGUUGUUCACCGGCGACAAAAUACUCAUGCUCGACGAUCGAGAUAUAUCCAAAAUUGAUCCUCAGGAAGCGCUCAAGGCGGUACAGGUUUGGGGACCUGAAACCGAAACGUUCCUUGUUUCGCGUAAUUAAGUGUGUGCUGUAAAAUUAAUUUAUUUCUAAUUUAUGUACAAUUUUGUAUAAAUUUAUAUUAACUUUA